AUGGCAAAAAGGAGUAAGGGUCGCCAAAAGGUUGAUAUGGUGAAGAUGCAGAACGAGAGUAAUUUACAAGUGACUUUCUCUAAGCGUCAUGCUGGUCUCUUCAAGAAGGCUAGUGACCUUUGUACACUAUGUGGUGCUGAAGUCGCCAUUGUGUGGAUAGGUUUCUCACAAGGAACUCUCAACCAAAUAAUGGGCCAUAACCAGCUCAUUGUGGCUCAUCGAAAUGCUAGUGUCCGUGAUCUCAAUAUGGAGUUCACGAACAUUGAGGGGAUUCUCCAAAUGGGAAAAAAUUGCAGAGAAGCCCUACAAGCAAGGAAGAGAGAUAACAGUCAUUGGUGGGAAGCUCCAAUUAAAGAACUUAGCUUUUUUCAACUGCAACAACUGAAGGAGGCAAUGGAAAGCAUAAAGAAAAAAGUUGAAAGAGAGGCACAAAACCAACAAAUGGUGACUAGUAAUGCAUUCCCAUUUCUCACCUUUGGAAGUGCCUUGGAUCCUAUUGGUGCUAGGGCAAGAUCUUCCUAUGGCUCUUUUCCAUUUCAAAAUAAGGUUUCAAGACACAACUUUGGUGCGCCUUUUGCUAACAGGGCUUGUGGAUGUACUUCUUCAGAAGUUCCUUAG